AUGGAACUGGGACGGGGCGCCGUUGACGGCGGGGUGCUGUGCGACGCGCACUGUCACUGGGGUGGUGAUGGCGGGGGCGAUGGCGGGGGUGGCGGGGUCCCGAGGGUAGUGAUGGCAACAGGGCCCAGGGACAUGGCUCUUGUUGCUGGAGGACACUGGAGGUACGGCUUGGGGGUGCAUCCCUGGGAGGCUCACACGGUGUACUGCGGCGCAGCUGGGCCACAGAGUAAACGUGAACACUACGAGCGGGUCUUGCAACCGCAGGGGGCAGAGGCGGGGGCAGAGGUGCUUCCCCAGGGAGUGAUUGACGAGUUGCCAGAUCCCGCACCGUUGAGACUACUACUUCCACUGUCACUUGACAGUGGUAGCGGCAGCACUAGUAGCGGGCCGGUCUGCGUCGGUGAGGUCGGGCUCGAUAGGGCGCGACGGCUUCAUCUCCACAAUCACACGUACCGUGUUGAUAUCGCACACCAGACGGCCGUAUUGGAACACUGUCUUCUCUACGCCCGCACACACUCACUGCCAGUGUCCCUCCACGUCGUGAGAUGCCAGCAACUCGCGUGGGAGUGCUGUACAAGAGUGCUCCAGGGGAGCAACGUGCGCGUCAUGUUGCAUUCGUACAGUGGGUCUUUACAAUUCCUACAGACCCAUUGGACCGUGUCGUUCCCGGGGGAACAACUGUACGUGAGUGUAGGCCCUGGAGUAUCACGCAGACUCGAUUACACCCGUGUACCGCGCAGUUCCCUCCUCGUAGAGACGGAUCUGUUCUUGGAUCCCUCCCGCGAAGAGACAAUCGCCGAGGCAGACGCUUCCCUCGCAGAGACAAUUCAAUGGCUCGCUAGCCAGCUGGGAGAGGACCCGUCACUGCUCAGCAGAACCAUCCGCAACAACUACAACACCUUCUACAACAUCGUGUAG